AUGAUGGCCUCAAUUGUGCCUAAAAUAGCAUCUUCGUGCAGCUCUGGACAGUUAAAUAGUGAUGUACUUUGUCAGGCUCUUUCCACUCUCAGAGGAAUUGUGGAGUCCUGUUAUGGCCCAUUUGGUAGACUAAAACUAAUUCACAAUGCUGUAGGAGGCUAUGUUUUAACCACAUCACAGUCUUCUGCCCUUUUGCGUAAUCUUUCUGUGUCCCAUCCUGUGAUAAAGUUACUAAUAGCUUCCGUGCUGAAUCAUGUUUCUCGAUUUAGUGAUUCUGGACUAUUUACAGCAAUUCUCUGCUGUAAUUUGGCUGAAAAUGCAAAACAACUUAACAUACUAAGCAGUCACAUUGUCAAAAUCCAUAAACACCUUCUGAAUAUUUGCCUUGACUAUCUAACUUCGGAAGAAUGUAGCUGCAAAAUACAAAUAGAUUUUAGUAACAGCAAGACUUUGCUUUCGCUUGUUCGUACGAUGAUAAAUAAGCCUACUUGUAUGCUGACUACAAAAGAAGCUGACUACAUCAGUUCAUUAGUGUUAAAGGCAUUCUUUUAUUCAAUACCAUCUGUGAUUGGAGAUAAUGUAUCUUUGGGAAAGAUGCAGAUUGUUCCCAUUGAGGGACAACGUGUUACUGACUCUUGUGUGCUUUCUGGGAUCCUUAUAGAGAUAUUUUCAUCUCCUUCAACAACAGUUGAUAUUACAAAAUUGACAUUUGGUUACAUUAAGAUUGCUGUAUUCAAUGUCUCCAUGUCAGGAGAUGUUGUUGACAGUGGAAAUGGAACCUGGGAGGUAACACCAGGUUUCAGUCCAGAAGAUGAAUCACUUGCACAGCUGCUGAAGGUGGGAAAACAGCUAGUUUGUGACCAAGUUCACCUUGUGCUAUGCCAGAGAGUAAUCCAUCCUGUUCUAAAACAAUAUCUUCAGGAGCAACAAGUGAUGGUAGGAGAUAGACUUGGAGUUGCUCUCAUGGACCCUCUGAUUCAAAUAACAGGUGCACAAUCCAUUAGUUCAUAUUAUCAUCCUAUUCCCCCUGACUGCUAUGGCAUUGUUAAGAACCUGUGCAUCGUGAAGUUUGGUUUCAAGCAAUUCCUACAUCUGAUUCCAAAUGAGAAUAAGCCUGUGUGUAGUUUGUUACUAUGCAAUCGAAGUGAAGCUGGAGUGAAUGAGCUGAAGCUUGUCUGUCAAUCUGCAGAACAUGUGUUGCAACUUACACUCAAAGAGCCUUUAGCUGUACUAGGAGGAGGCUGUACUGAAUUACAUCUGGCGACUUAUGUUGGACAUAAGAGUCAAAGUGUGACUGACGAAGCAUUAGUGGAGUUGGGCUGCUCUCGAUCUGAAUACAGAAUUGUUGCUGACAGUUUCUGCCACUCAUUGCAGCGUACUGCCUCUUCACUGGAACAUGAUGGUGGUGAGAACUUCAUUGAUACUAAGUAUUCCCAUCGUUGGUCAGUUCUGCCCAAGAUGCCUCUGCACACAGACUGGUCAGAAGUAUUUUCUAGAUGUGCUUGCCGUUUAUACACAGCGGAACCAAAUCUAAACUGGAUUGUUCCAGGUAAUGGGGUGGCAAUAAUAAGCCUAGAAUUGCCCCUUGAGAGACCUACUGAGUAUCUCCCAGAUCAAUUAGUAUUGGACUCUUAUUCUGUGAAACUUAAUGCAUUGCAAGUAGCUGUAGAAACAGCGAAUUUAAUUGUUGAUUUACAGUACGUUAUUCAGGACCAGAAUUAAACUUCUGGGGCACUGAAAUUCCAUCCUAUCCCAAAACAAGACUUAUAAAUAUAACUUACAACUUAAGGUCACAGGUUAGUAUUAUUUGCCAUGAUGCCUGGAAAGAUUUUCUGAUAAAAUCUCAGGUGUGCAUUAUUUUGAACUAAAAUCAAAUGUUUUACAACAUUAUCUUAUGUAAUCAUUUUUCUCAGACAGCUCUGAUUACAAAAAUCAAGACUUGGGUAGCAUGGUCAUGCUGUGUGUUAAUAUAUUAAUUCUGUAUGUUAAAGUACUGACUCACAGCGCCAUAUUGUGGGAGGAUCCUAGUCUGAGUCCUUCUCCACUGAACCAUACAAGGCACAGGCAUAGUGUUUUAAUGCAGGAAGAGGAAGAGGGAAUGCUUGGUGUAUGUAACAGGUCUCUGCCCGCUUUUACAUUUCAGAGAUGUUGCAGUCAAGAAUUUGCAGAGACAAAGAAAUAAUAUUUUCCCAUUUAUUUGAUGCAAACCUGAUUUCAUCCCUAAAAAAUUAUAGGUGAGCUCAAGAUGCUACAUUGUCUGCUGAUGUAUGAGAUAUUUUGCAAUUUAAAUGCUGUCCAUUGGUCCCCUAUGUAUAUUAAAAACAAACAUCCACUGUAUACAUGUUUGUUUCAUUAGGAAAUAUAUGUAGCUUUCAGCAUAUAGUUAUUCUUGUUGAAUUUUUCAUGUUGUUGGUUUACUAAUAUUAACAUUCCACUGAAGAGUUGACUUCGAUUUUACAUAGAUUUUAGUUUUAAAGUGCUUAGCAGUCUUAUUUUUUAUUUAAGACCCUCUAUAGCUGACAGUUGAAAAUAAAAUCCUUGUUCAUGAAUGAGUUUAAUCUGUCAAGAAGAUGUAAAAGAGGUCAAAGAUUUUGAAUUUGAUGUCUGACAAAUGGGUCAUUGUAGUUAGUGAAGUGGGAUUCAAUGCACAAGAAGAUGUGGGUGCAAACCUGUGGAUAAGUUCUAGUUCAUGUAAGGUGGGAAUUUGGAAGUUUGGUGAGGAGAACAUUGAAUAGAAAAGACUUGAGGCAGCAAGGGAUGAAUUGGGAUUUUCAGCAGGAGUCAGAGUGAGACAAGGUCAGACGUGGAAAUAUGCAGUUUGGUAUUAACUUGAAUAUGGGAUUCGAGACUAAGCAGAAAACUGAGAUUAGUCCAUCAGGAUUUGUGUAAGUGAGAAGCUGCAGAGAAAAAGAGGUGAGAUUGGAGAUGCUGGUACAGAAUGUUUGCAAGAACUAAUCAGAUUGACUUCAAUUCUGGAGAUGUUAAGUUGGUACCUUGCCCAUUUUAUUCAUCUGUCACUUAUGUUUGAUAGGCUUAUGGAUCUAUUUUGUAUAUUUAAGAAUAAUACAUGGUGAUCAUUGACUCAGAUUCAAAUAUUUGGUUAAAAUAUAGUCCACUAAUCUUGUGAACAAGUGUAUGAACAGUGUAUUCUAAAAUCUGACUCAUCUACUAAUCGGUAAUCAGUAUGAAUUUUAUUUAUAUUAAGUUUACAAAACUAAAUAUGUGGUGGACUAUCACAUUCCAAUGUUUCAUGAAUGCAAAAUGACUUCGCUGAAACAUGAUAACUGAGACCUGAUUAUAAGCAGGAAUAUCUGCCAAUGAGUUAAUUGUAUUGCAAUAAAAUUUUGAUGAUGUUUAAACAA